UGGUCUUUGUUUACUGAUUGUUGGUUUUGUUAUUCAUCUCACAUAUUUGUGAUUUAACUUAGACUUGAUUUUUUUAAUUGUCAUUUAAUUUCUUGUGGUUAUUACUUUAAAAUGGAGGUCGAAGAACGAGUUAUCAAUGAAGAAUAUAAAAUCUGGAAGAAAAAUACUCCAUUUCUUUAUGAUCUUGUAAUGACACAUGCUUUGGAAUGGCCAAGUUUAACUGCUCAAUGGUUACCUGAUGUUACAAGGCCUGAAGGAAAAGAACAUUCAAUUCACCGGUUGAUUCUUGGUACACACACUUCCGAUGAACAGAAUCAUCUUUUGAUUGCCAGUGUUCAAUUACCAAAUGAAGAUACAAAUUUUGAUGCUUCUCAUUAUGAUAGUGAGAAAGGAGAGUUUGGUGGUUUUGGAUCUGUAAGCGGUAAAAUUGAAAUAGAAAUUAAAAUAAAUCAUGAAGGAGAGGUUAAUAGAGCUCGAUUUAUGCCUCAAAAUCCAUGUAUCAUUGACAAAACACCAUCGAGUGAUGUCUUAGUCUUUGAUUAUACUAAACAUCCAUCUAGACCUGAUCCUAAUGGUGCAUGUUCACCAGACUUGAGGUUGAAAGGUCAUCAAAAGGAAGGUUAUGGCUUAUCAUGGAAUCCACAUGUAAAUGGACAUUUACUAAGUGCUUCUGAUGACCAUACAACUUGUCUCUGGGACAUUAACCAUCCACCUCGAGAAGCUAAAAAUGUCUAUGCUAAGACAGUAUUCACUGGACAUACAGCGGUUGUCGAAGAUGUUGCAUGGCACUUGUUACAUGAUAGUUUAUUUGGCUCAGUUGCUGAUGAUCAAAAACUAAUGAUUUGGGAUACAAGAAGUAACAAUACUUCAAAGCCAAAUCAUAUUGUCGAUGCUCAUGCUGCUGAGGUUAACUGUUUAUCCUUUAAUCCUUACAGUGAAUUUAUUUUAGCCACUGGGUCAGCUGAUAAGACUGUCGCUCUUUGGGACUUACGUAAUUUGAAAUUAAAAUUACACACAUUUGAAUCACAUAAAGAUGAAAUUUUCCAAGUUCAAUGGUCACCACAUAAUGAGACAAUUUUAGCAUCAUCAGGAACAGAUAGAAGACUUCAUGUAUGGGAUCUUAGUAAAAUAGGAGGACAAUCAGCCGAAGAUGCAGAAGAUGGUCCACCAAAUUUGUUCAUUCAUGGACACACAGCUAAGAUUUCAGAUUUCUCAUGGAAUCCAAAUGAACCUUGGGUUAUAUGUUCAGUCUCGGAAGAUAAUAUCAUGCAAGUUUGGCAAAUGGCGGAAAAUAUUUACAAUGACGAAGAGCCAGAGACUCCAGCCUCAGAACUUGAAACUGCUGGCCCAUGAUCUUUACGACGAUCUGAUUGAUUGUUGACCUUAAACUAAUUUCAUAAUCGAUCGCAAAAAUAUCACAUUAUUGUCGGAAUUUAUUAUCAUCCGAUUUAUACAUGAUAUCAAUUUCGAUGUCAACUUAAAUCUUUUAAUGGUCAUAAAAACUUCAUAUUUAUUUACCCUGAUCAAAAAAAAUCCGAUGAGAGAAACAAUCAACCCACCAAAUCAAUAAUGUCUAAUCGAAUCUUUUAAAAAAUAUCAUUUAAUUAUCUUUUAAAGGCUCAUUACAUUUCCUCUCAAUCCAUUUCAUUUUAUCAAUUAUCUUAUUCCUCAAUCAAAGGAUUCAAACAAUUAAACAACUUUCCAGACAAAAAAUACAUGUUUAAAACAUCAA